CGAAUCAAAUUAUUCUUUUCUUCUCUCUAUUUCUCAUCCUUAAUCAGUCACUUUUCUUCAUCAUCAUCUUAUUACUCAAUUUAUAAAAUAGCAAAACCCUAGAUCUGCUGUUCAAGCUUAAGACCGUACAGAUCAGGAGCUCAAAUCUCAACAGUGUAUUAUGAACACCGUACCUUGGAGAGAUGCAAACGAUGUUUUAGGCGGGACUAGGACAAGACGUGACGGAGAAGUAGAAAAAGAUUCAGAAGAAGCUGUCGUCGUAGCCACCAGUGGCAAACCCGUAAUUAAGAAGCUGCCAACCUCGAUUUCUUCAACUUCUUCGUGGAUGAAAUCGAAGGAUCCAAGGAUUGUUAGGGUUUCACGCGCGUUUGGAGGCAAAGACCGUCACAGCAAAGUGUGUACGUUGCGUGGUCUACGUGACAGACGCGUGAGAUUAUCAGUCCCCACGGCUAUCCAGCUCUAUGAUCUGCAAGAACGGCUCGGCCUUGACCAGCCUAGCAAAGCCGUUGACUGGUUGCUCAAUGCAGCCAAAGAGGAGAUCGAUGAGCUUCCUCCGUUACCCGUCUCGCCGGAAACUUUCAGUCUUUUCAACCAUCAUCAGUCAUUCUUGAAUCUUAGUCAACCACCGGGUCAAGAUCCGACCCAACUCGGAUUUAAAAUUAAUGGAUGUGUACAAGAGUCUAAUACUACUACUACUAGCCGUCAAGAAAAUAACAAUCAUCACAUUGGGUCUUAUGGAACCUAUCAAAACAUGGAACAUCAUCAUCAUCAACAACAUAUGAGUUUUCAGGCAGAUUAUCAUCAACAUAGUCUUGUCCCAUCUCAGUCACAGUUCUUGGUAUGCCCAGUGACGACAUCAUCAACAACUACUACUAUACAAUCUUUGUUUCCCUCAUCGUCAUCAUCAGCUGGUUCGAGGACUAUGGAGACAACAGAUCCGAGGCAAAUGGUAAGCCAUUUUCAAGUGCCAAUAAUGGGUAGUUCUUCAUCAUCAGCUUCAUCCCGAAACAUUUCGACUCUUUACUCCUUGUUGCAUGGUAGUAGUAGCAGCCCCAUGCCGUCGGUCCAAUUCAACCGGCCCAAGUAGAAGUGCUAAUCUAAUGUGAAAGUAGAUUAUGGAAACAUAUGUUUAAUGUGCUCACAAGUGAGGAGACACAAAACAAUAAUAACAUGGUACUUAGCAUUGUACCUUUUUCCUAACUUCUACACAAGUUAGCGUUGUAAUUGAUUUAUUACCAUGUGUGCCUGUGUUUGGAAAAUUUAUCAUCUACAUGUAGCUUCUUCGUAGGAUGUGAGACUCUGAGUACACACAAAACACAAACAUUACAUUUUAAUUUAUUUAGGGUUCUUU